UCAUCAAUUCACAGCCAAACCAAAACCAAAGCCAAAAUUAGAUCAAACAACCUCCAUUUCCUUCUUCCUUCUUGUAUCCUGCACCAUUUCAUUGACCCGUUACUACUUCCUCUGCCGGCUUAAGCCGUCCACAAAACCCCCAUUAAAUAUUUCCAAUUCUUCACCUUCAUAUAUAUUUGAGCAACCCUAAUUCUCCAACACUCGUACCUCUCUCUCUAAACAAACAUCAUGGUCCGGUUCAUGGGUGUCGUCUACUUCAUCCUCUUCCUCAUACCUGUCUUCUAUGUUCUUAGGUUCUUGUCCAAAACAUCUCUGCUUCACAUGCUCUUGAAAUCAUGGCAAUCCUUAAUCGACAGGUUUCAUGUUUACCAGUUCUACAAGGUCCCCCAGUUCAACCACAACUUCCAAGAGAAUCAACUCUACCGUAAAAUCUCUCUCUACCUUAACUCCCUCCCCAACAUUGAAGACUCCGACUUCACCAACCUCUUCUCCGGUUCCAAAUCCAACGACAUCUUCUUCCAACACGACAACAACCACUCCGUAGGCGACACCUUCCUCAGCGCCAAGGUUUCUUGGACUAAUGAAAAGUCCGAUGUCGAUGGAAUAAGGUCAUACGUUUUGAGAAUCAAGAAAACCGACAAGAGACGUGUUUUCCGACAGUACUUCCAGCACAUACUGACCGUAUCCGACGAGAUUGAGCAACGGAACAAGGAGAUCAAGCUGUACAUGAAUCUCGCAACAGAAAACGAACGGUGGAGAUCGGUCCCCUUCACCCACCCGGCAACCUUGGACAGUGUCGUCAUGGACACGGAGCUGAAAAACAAGGUAAGGUCUGAUCUAGAACAAUUCUUGAAGUCGAAGCAAUACUACCAUAGACUCGGUCGUGUCUGGAAACGAAGCUUCUUACUCUACGGUCCUUCCGGAACCGGCAAAACCAGCUUCGUCGCCGCCAUGGCUAGGUUCCUGUCGUACGACGUGUACGACAUCGACAUGUCCAAAGUCGUCGAUGACUCCGAUCUGAAAAUGCUCCUAUUACAAACAAAGUCCAAGUCGUUAAUUGUCGUGGAAGAUCUCGACCGUUACUUGACGGAGAACACGACAAGAUCGACGGCUGUGAGCCUCUCGGGGUUGCUGAACUUCAUGGACGGAAUCGUCUCCAGCUGCGGCGAGGAGAGAGUGUUGGUUUUCACGAUGAACGGGAAAGACCACGUGGACGGGUUGGUCAUGCGGCCGGGUCGGAUCGACGUGCAUAUCCAUUUCCCUCUCUGCGAUUUCUCGGCGUUCAAAAGCUUGGCGAACACGUACUUAGGAGUCAAAGAGCACAAGCUGUUUCCUCAGGUGGAGGAGAUUUUCCAGAGCGGCGGGAGUUUAAGUCCGGCGGUGAUCGGAGAGAUCAUGAUAUCGAACCGGAGCUCGCCGAGUAGGGCAUUGAAGUCGGUGAUAUCGGCGCUGCAGACGGACGUGGAUAAUAAGACGACGGUGAAGGUGGCGCAGGCGUUGACGAGUAGCGGGUCGGGUCGGUCGGAGGAGGGUGAGGGCGGGAGUACGGUGUUUUGUAGGGAGAGUGUUCACACGGUGAGGGAGUUUAGGAAGUUGUAUGGGCUUUUGAGAUUGGGGAGUAGGAGGAAGGAGGAGCCGCCGGUGCCGUUGCCGUUGGAUAGAAGUUCGUCGGAAAAAGAAGGAUCACGGCACGAAAGGAUCAUCGUGUAAAUUGAACACCUAUUUAUUUUUUUAGAAUUAUUUUAAUGUCUCUCGUCACCACAGUAACUCUUGUAAAAUAACCACAUAAAUGAGAAAUUUUUUCAUUUUAUCAUCAACACUUUUCGCUAGCGUUACAUUAUUUUGUAACGAAACUUCUAAUAUGCAUAUAUUGAUACGACUUUUCUAC